AUGUCGCGGAUGAAAAUUCUGAGCACACCAACGACUCCUAUCUCCUUUAAUGUUGCCGAUGCUGAAGCGUCACGUGCUAAACUUGUAGAUCACUUCAAUGCUCUGGCGAAAGGCAAGAACUUGGAUCAAUUUUUAAAAGAUGGUUUUUUUGAGUGGGGAGAAGCGCUGACGAAGCACAAUAAAGAUUACACGACCGCUUUCAAUAAACAGUAUGAGGCACCGACUGCAAUCAAGCUUUUACAAGACUUGUACGGUGACAAACUCAUCAUGGAAAAGGUUAAUCGCGACAAAAGAUAUAAAACUCUAGGAAUAGCCCUGGUUAGGGAGGGGUUCAAUCAACGCAAACACUUAGAUGAUGUAAAAAUGCUCGAGAAAGUAAUGGAGGAGGAAGGGAAGGUCAAAGAAACGGGAAAAGAGGUCGAAAAAAAGAUCGAGUGGGCCGCGCUGUACGAAAAAAAGAUCACGAACGCUAAAGCUAGAUUUCAAAAGCAACUGGGCGCAGAUGUCCUUGUCAGCAAUCCAAAUAAAAUCCACGAAGAACUGAAGCUGUUAGAUGAAUUAAUUAAUCCCCAACCUGUCGAUUAG